UUCUGCCAUGGCGUACUGUGGCCAGGGCCAGAAAGUGCAGAAGGUGAUGGUGCAGCCCAUCAACCUCAUCUUCAGAUACUUAGAAAAUAGAUCCCGGAUCCAGGUGUCGUUCUCUGAGCAAGUGAAUACAUGGAUGGAAGGCUGUGUCAUUGGUUUUGAUGAGUGUACGAAUCUUGUAUUAGAUGCUGCUGAAGAGAUUCAUUCUAAAACAAAGUCAAGAAAACAACUGGGUCGGAUCAUGCUAGAAGGAGAUAAUAUCACUCUGCUACAAAGCGUCUCCAACUGGAAAUGACCAGUGAAGUGAGAAAUUGUUGAAAGGGCAAUAUAGGAUUUUUUG